ACGAGGUAUAGAGCCCACUACGUUGAUCAUCGGGACAGUCAUACGGGUGGGAAUUCGUCCGAGUUCCCGUGCGCCUACCAAGGCCGCCAGUACGAGGAAUACGAUCAUACUCGAGGUCCCAGCACCAUGGCGACGAAUGGGCAGGUAUACAUCGUCACCCCGUCUCUGCAGCUAGCUGUGGCCUGCCAACUAGGUUGGGCUGUUGGCUUUUCAGCCCUUCCCGGCCCGCUCAGCGAACUACCGCGUCUCUCAAGGCUUUUAAUAAGGCGAGCCUAGGUAGAUGGGUUUAUGAUAAAAGGGGAGAGGCCUCCGUGAGAUGCGUGCAUAGGACUUUUCUUCAGGGGCACAUCCCCGGCUUAACCUCACACCGCGAAUCUAGCUCAUCAAGGGCCUUUUUGUGGUCCACUACCAAGCUUGCCGAUUCAUCUCGAGCAUCCCCUAAGCACGAUGCGUGUCCCGAUUCUUCUCCUGCUCGGCGUGCCGGCCGCUAUGGCCACGGCACCGCUGGCGCGGGAGGGCCUGCCUCAAGGCUUUGCCCAGACGUCCAACCUAGUCAACAUAUUCGCGGCGACGUGUGCGGCGGGCAAGGUCCGGUGCGAGAGCGGCUGCAUGCCUCUCAACGGCGUGUGCUGCAAGGACGGUUCGAGCGAGUACUGUCUGACCGGCUACUACUGCAUCCCCGGUGCUUGCUGCCCCUUGGGUAAAGUGUGCAGCGGCGGAAACGUCGGGCCAGCCACGUGCGCCGUAGGCGAGAAGACAUGCGGAAAGCUCUGUAUGCCCUUCGACGGCACGUGUUGCUCGGAUGGGCUUCACUACUGCCCGAACUUCGGCACGUGUACCAGUGAUGGGAAAUGCUGCAAGCUCGGCGACAACUGUGACGGGAGCACCCGCACGACCACCCGCAGAACCACCCGCACGACUACCCGCACGACUACACGCACGACUACCCGCACGACAAGAACAACCACGCGAUCACUUGACGACGCCGAAACCCCCAUCACCAGCACGAGAAUUAGGACGACAUCGACGAGCUCAACUUCCUCCAGCAGCAGCACCACCACCACAAGCACUCGCUCUAGCUCUAGCACAUCCACCAACGGCGAGGCACCCGUGACGGCCGCCCCCGACGCCGUCACGACGAGCGUCUUACAACAGGCUGGCGGCAUCUUCACGGCCGACGGCAGGUUGGCCGCGGGUCUCGCGGUCGCUGCUGCGUUGCUCGUCUAAGGAACAUGACGUUCUGCUGGGAGACUUGCUGGCUACGAGCGAGAGCGCGCGGCGGGGGGUUAAUUUUGGAGGAGGGCCCUAGCUAGGUAGUAGGCGAAGAUGACGAUAUUACGAAUUAUACCCAAAUAUGUAGACCUUAAUGAAAGCGAGCCAUCUCUCACCAGGUACGGAUUUUAAUGGGACGAAUGCGAAAGCCGGCAAUACAGGUGUCGUUCCUUCGGGGUGGGCGUUUCUUUUGUCAUAGUCUCUUCACGCCGAAGCAGUGCGGAUCGCAAGUCGGUAAAAGCACGGCAAUUGGUAUUUGUGUACGCGUGGGAGAGGGAUAAAUAUAGGUAGGUAAUUGAAUGCCGAUUUGAUGUGGUUGAUGGUGAGCCUUCUGAGCCGGAGCCAAUGCUGAGCU